ACCGAAGUGUACUGGAAUGCGUUGAGAUUAGUGGGAGCUGAGCAGGCUGACGGAGACAGCGUUUUGAGUGAGGGGACUUUAAAGUGCUGGUAACGGAUGAAAACAUGCCCCAUUUUACCGUAGUCCCCGUGGAAGACAACGCUCCGUCCACAUAUGACAGCCUAGAAGGGAUUAACUGGGUGGAUUACAGGGACACGGGACAGGGCUACCCUGGACAUGGAGACACUGUCAGUUCUGAUGGUCAUGGAAAUCAUAAAGAGGACAGCCCCUUUCUCAACAGCAAUGAUUCCCCAUCGAAGAAGACUGAUUUCUAUGACAGGAACCUGGCUUUGUUUGAGGAGGAGCUGGACAUCAGGCCCAAGGUGUCCUCUCUCCUCAGCCGACUGGUCAACUACACCCCCGUCACCCAGGGGGCCAAAGAGCACGAGGAGGCUGAAAACGCAGACGCAUCUACAAGAAAUAUCCCAAAGUCACCAAAUAUGGGCACUUUGAUGGGUGUCUACUUGCCCUGUCUACAAAACAUCUUUGGAGUCAUCCUCUUCCUCCGUCUCACCUGGAUCGUGGGCAUGGCUGGAGUCGUACAGUCUUUCAUCAUAGUUGUCAUGUGCUGUGCAUGUACAAUGCUUACUGCCAUAUCUAUGAGCGCAAUUGCCACGAAUGGAGUUGUGCCAGCUGGUGGGGCAUAUUUUAUGAUUUCUCGCUCCCUGGGCCCGGAGUUUGGAGGUGCAGUCGGACUGUGCUUUUACCUUGGGACAACAUUUGCAGCGGCCAUGUACAUAUUAGGUGCAGUUGAAAUAUUUCUGAAAUACCUGGUUCCGCAGUCUGAAAUAUUUCACUCCACCGAUAUUCAUGGCGCAGAUGGGGCCAUGUUGAACAACAUGCGUGUCUAUGGCACUAUAUGCCUCAGUAUGAUGGCUCUUGUUGUGUUUGUGGGGGUUAAGUACGUCAACAAGCUUGCCUCCCUCUUUCUCGCGUGCGUCAUGAUCUCCAUUGUUUCAAUCUAUGCCGGAGCUGUGAUGUCCAGCUUCCAUCCACCAGACUUUUCGAUUUGUAUGCUGGGAAACCGGACACUGGUGAGGGACCUCUUUGACACAUGUGGGAAGACUGUUGUGGAAGGCAACACCACCGUGCCAAGCCAACUGUGGAAGAGGUUUUGUGGCUCAGGAAACGCCACCAGCCUCCACUGUGACGAUGAGUACUUCAACCAGAACAAUGUCACUGAAAUCCAAGGGAUCCCUGGCUUGUCCAGUGGGGUCAUUAGAGACAACAUGUGGGGUAACUACCUUGAUAAGGGACAGAUCCUGGAGAAAACCAAUCUGGCCUCAGUGGAUGUGCCUGGGUCCAUAGAGAACUUUGGCCUGUACGUGUCUGCUGAUAUUGCCACUUCCUUCACCCUCCUAGUGGGUAUAUUCUUCCCAUCAUCCACUGGUAUCAUGGCAGGCUCCAACAGAUCUGGAGAUCUCAAAGAUGCACAGCGGUCUAUACCAGUGGGAACCAUUAUGGCAAUAAUAACCACCUCCCUCGUCUAUAUGAGUUCAGUGGUCCUGUUUGGGGCAUGCACAGAGGGUGCAGUCCUGAGAGACAAGUUUGGGGACGCUGUCAGUAAAAACCUGGUGGUGGGAACCCUCUCCUGGCCAUCGCCCUGGGUCAUUGUGGUCGGGUCCUUCUUCUCCACUGUGGGAGCAGGGCUGCAGUCCCUGACUGGGGCCCCACGACUGCUGCAGGCCAUUGCAAAGGACAACAUCAUCCCUUUUCUCAGGGUCUUUGGGCACGGCAAGGCCAAUGGGGAACCAACGUGGGCACUGCUGUUGACCGCCAUCAUCGCUGAACUGGGUAUUCUCAUCGCCUCGUUGGACAUGGUGGCACCCAUUCUCUCAAUGUUCUUCCUGAUGUGUUACCUGUUUGUGAACUUAGCCUGUGCAGUGCAAACACUACUCCGAACUCCAAACUGGAGACCCAGGUUCAAAUAUUACCACUGGGCUCUCUCUUUCCUGGGAAUGAGCAUGUGUGUGGCUCUGAUGUUCAUCUCUUCCUGGUACUACGCCAUUGUGGCUAUGGGGAUUGCUGGAAUGAUAUACAAGUACAUUGAGUACCAAGGAGCUGAGAAGGAGUGGGGGGAUGGAAUUAGAGGAUUGUCUUUGAGUGCUGCUCGCUAUGCCCUCCUACGUCUUGAGGCAGGACCCCCUCAUACCAAAAACUGGAGGCCUCAGCUGCUGGUGCUCUUGAAGUUAGAUGAGGACCUGCAUGUGAAGUAUCCCAGACUGCUCACCUUUGCCUCUCAGCUGAAGGCAGGAAAGGGUUUGACUAUCGUAGGGUCUGUCAUUCAGGGCAACUUCCUCGACAGCUAUGGUGAAACCCAAGCAUCUGAACAGGCAAUCAAAAACAUGAUGGAGAUCGAGAAGGUGAAAGGUUUCUGUCAGGUGGUGGUGACCUCAAAGGUACGAGAGGGCAUUGCCCACCUCAUCCAGUCAUGUGGUCUGGGUGGGAUGAAGCACAAUACCGUGGUGAUGGGCUGGCCAUACGGCUGGAGACAGAGUGAAGACCCACGGGCCUGGAAGACAUUUAUCAAUACUGUCAGAAGCACAACAGCGGCUCACCUUGCUCUCAUGGUGCCAAAGAAUGUGUCUUUCUACCCCAGCAAUCACGAACGCUUCACUGACGGCCAUAUUGAUGUCUGGUGGAUAGUUCAUGACGGUGGAAUGCUCAUGUUACUUCCCUUCCUCCUAAAACAACACAAGGUUUGGCGGAAAUGUAAAAUGCGCAUUUUCACGGUGGCCCAGAUGGACGACAACAGCAUUCAGAUGAAGAAAGACCUUGCCACCUUCCUCUAUCAGCUGAGGAUAGAGGCUGAAGUGGAGGUGGUGGAGAUGCAUGACAGCGACAUUUCUGCGUACACGUACGAGCGGACUCUGAUGAUGGAGCAGAGGUCUCAGAUGUUGAGGCAAAUGAGGCUAUCCAAUACAGAAAGAGACAGAGAGGCACAGUUGGUGAAAGACCGGCAUUCCAUAAUCCGCAUGGGCAGCCUGUACUCGGACGAGGAAGAAGACGUGCCGGAGCCCUUGUCUGAGAAGAUUCAGAUGACCUGGACCGUGGAGAAGUGUGAGGCCGAGAAGAGGAACAGGACAAACGCUCCAGAGAACUUCAGAGAGCUCAUCAGUAUCAAACCGGAUCAGUCUAAUGUGCGUCGGAUGCACACAGCUGUUAAGCUCAACGAGGUCAUCGUCAACAGAUCCCAUGAUGCGAGGCUAGUGUUGCUCAACAUGCCAGGUCCUCCCCGCAACACAGACGGGGAUGAAAACUACAUGGAGUUCCUGGAAGUCCUGACAGAGGGUCUUGAAAGGGUUCUGUUGGUGAGAGGUGGCGGUCGAGAGGUCAUCACUAUCUACUCAUGACCCGACCCCUAGAAGCAGCCAGGGUUACCUUCACAACAUUUUACAGCAGAACCCUAAGAGGUCCACACCAACAGUCAGACACAAUAAUAAAGACGUUGACUGGUUAGGUUUGGCUAAGGUUCUGUGUAGCAUACCACACAGAAAGAAAAGUGUAAAGUGAGCGUGGCGGUGAGACGGAAUGUAUUUCCCUAAACAAGGAUGCGUAUCUAUGCAAAAUUGUCCAGCAGCAUUGUUUUGACGCAGAUGGCAGUGCCAUGAACUAUAUGUACUUUCAUGUCCCACCACUGACCAGUCAUUUGAAUCAUUCACUGGGGAGUCAUUUCUAUACUGACAAGGACCAAACACUGUGCAUGGAGCUCUAAGGUAGUAAAAGCUGCUGACUAAGAUUCUUAGUCAUAUCUCUGACAACAAAUUAGCAAUUCUCUGAUAUGACUGUGGCCCUAUAGCAUACACAUGUACAGUACAUUUCUCUUUCGGUUUCAUUACAUUUAUGUAAAGGCUCACGUCAGCUAAUAUUCCUCUAGGUUUCAAGUGUUGAGCAUCUUACACUGCCUUUGCAAACAAAAGUGCCAAACGUUGGUUUGUAUUUGAGAAGUUGAGAAAGAUAAUUUAUUUUCGUAUUUAUUUUGUUUUAUAACACCCCCAUUGGGAUCAAGUAUUAGUUUGUAGAUAGUACAUUAAAGUGGGGUUUGCAUUGCUGAUGGACAUUGGAAAUUUGUAAUGGAGCAUUUUAAAGAGCAAGUAAUUUAUGACUUUUGUACAUUCUAUUUGCUUUGUAUUGCAGAAUGGCAGCUUUUCAGGUUGUAAAUGUGUACUGAUAAUCCUAUGAGAGAGUUUGUAAAUUCAUGCACAGUACUCAAUAUGACCAGCGCCAGAGUAUUAUCAGAAUAAAUAAUAUUAUUUAUAAAAGUA